AUGUCCCGCAUCACCGCCCCGGCCUCCAAGCUCUCGCGAGCAAUCGGCUCUUCUGCCGCGGCAUCGCUGCGCGACUCGUCCGCCCGCGCCACCGGCGCCAUCCUCAUGCCCAAGUACGCCGAGCUCCUGAGGAGUAGCGACCAUCACGAUUCCUCUCGCGGUCUCACCACCGCUCAUCGGCCCACGCCCCAGCCAUCGCUCGCCAACCGCCCCAAGCCCCUCAUGCAGACCUUCCACUCUACCGCUCCCUCAGCCUCCGCCGCCGCCGCCUCCACCAACCUCGACGCCGCCAUCUUCCCCUCCAUGGCGGACCUGUUUGCCUCGUCAGAUGCGGGCUCCAACGCCGGCCCCCGCAUGCCCCUCUUGCCGGACAACUACUCGGCCGCCCACGGCCCCACGAGCGGCGACGGCCCCGUCCACCUUCCCUCCAUCAUCGCCGCCGACCCGGACAAUGUCCUCCCUGCCACGCCUCUCUCAGACGUCGAGGGCAUCGGGCUCGACGGCGUCGACCUCAAGUUUGCCCACGAGAGUCAGCACAGCCACCAACUGCACAGCCACGAGGGCAACAGCGGCGGCAUGAUCCGCGAUCUGUGGAAGGGCAUGGUCGAGGAUGUUCUCGGGCCUGCGAAGAAGUAG